AUGCUGGUACAGCAACAGCCAUGGUACAACGAGACUGAUGUUUUUAGUGCAUGUGAUCAUCACAAUCAAAGUUAUGUCAACCACACAAUGAUUGCGCAACAUGGUCAGUCUCAGAAUUUCCUGACUACCACACUGUGGCCUGUGUCUGGGAUAAACCUUAUUAUUGUUGAGUUUGUAUUCUGCAAAGGAAAACCGUUUAGAAAACCAAUAUAUACUAACUAUUUAUUAUGUAUAUUAAUAUUUGCUCAACUGGGAGCCUUUCUUUUUAUGUUGUUUGCUGAUAUUAAAACACUGUACAGCUCCAUGGAGCUUGUCUGCACACCAUAUUAUUGGAGAAUUGAAAUAUUAAGCAUGGUUAUUGUGCUUUUUGUUGCAUCCUAUGGUGUUGAGAGUUUUGUUUACAAUAGAACACUCUGGCAACGUCUAAAAAGGAUUUCAGGUUACAAGUCGAAG